UUUCUGUACAAUAAAUUUGCUUGUUUAAAUAUCUUAAUGUGUCGCUGUCGCUUCUCAGAGAUAACAAAUGUCAUUUAUAUUUAUAAUGUCUACACUAGGAGCAUGCAAAUAAAAGAGAACAAACGAAAAGCGUUCUCCUGAAUCCACGCGAUGUCGCCAGAGAGAUUCACAGACAUGUUUCCUUCAGAUGAGGUCACUUCUUACAGCCGUUGAUUUCCGGCUGAAGAGGUUUGCGUACACGUCCACAGUAUCCGUGAGUGUAGUCUGGAGUAGAGCAACAACAAAUCCGUUAACCCUUGUCUACAGUAUCAACCGUGGAUUCACUUCAUAUAAAACAUCGAUGAAAGCAUGCACGUCUAAAAAAGAGCUCAGUGACUAGUCGAAGAAUCCUUGCAGUUUGAAUUCCAUCGGCACUGAGUUUGUGUUUACACUGAAGUCAGAUGGGGGAGGUGAGGAAACUCCAAAAGAAGUUAAGGCAAAUUGAAAACUUGGAGAUCAAAAUUUCCCUCACUCUCGAGGAAAAAAUAAAGGUCUCCAAGAAGGGGGAGCUUCGCUCCAGAUUGGCUGAGCUUCUGCUGCAGCAUUCUGGCCCCCAGCAAAUUCAAGGGAUUGUGGGAAAGGAGGAGGAUAAAAUGAAAAGACAAGUCGAGGAGGUCACAGAGCAACUUGUUGCCUGUCGUCCUGCGCUGAAGAUUGCUCGAGAGGAGAGACGAGAGAAUGAAAGAAUCGAUGGAAGCCAGACAGAUGGCAGAGGAGAAACACAUCUCCCCGUCAGCCCCAGUGCAGAAGAACAAGAAGAUGCCGAGUUCAAAUCUCGCAAACAAACUUGGGAAAAGGCCAAGUUUCGUCUCAGAACUCUGGAGGGUCAUAGUGACAUCAUCACCUGUGCGGUCGCCGUCGACAAUCUUGUGAUUUCUGGCAGUCGAGAUACAACAGUUAAAGUGUGGCACGUUCCCACGGCAACGGAGCAGCGCAAUUUGGGAGGUCACAGCGGUGGAGUCACCUGUCUCAGUGCACCACCUCUAGAGUACUGCAGGAGAUUGGCACGUGUAUUUGACUUGGCUGAAAAGGAAAGAUUUGUUCUAAGUGGUUCCACAGACUGUUGUGUGAGAAUUUGGGCUUUGAGCUCGGGUCAGUGCGUCAAAUCCAUCUACACAUUCAAUGCAGUCUCAAGCCUGUGCUUCACUCCUGAAGGAGAGGGCUUCAUUGUUACAGGUUCAGACGCUGGGAAGCUGCAGGUGUGGAGCUGGAGCUCGCUGGAGAACUGUCAGUCAGAGAACGCACACCUGGACGCAGUCACCACACUACAGUCCCAGGGUCCUCUGCUGUUCAGCGGCUCCGCAGAGGGAUGUGUGUGUGUGUGGGAGGUGUCCGAUGAACGGACGGAGCCCCUCCGCAGGUUACACGUCUGGGGGCCAGAAGUCACAGGGUGUGGUGGGGAUGACGGGAGGCUGAUUCUGAGCCCCCGCGGUGACCGUGUGUUCCUCUCUUGUGGAAAGGCCAGCAUACGAAUACUAAAUUGGAGAACAGGCGUGAUGACCAGACUAACCAAUCACAGCAGCACUGCUGGUGUCACAGAUUGCGUCAAUCAAAUACCCGGCCUUUUGAUCGGCUCUUGUUUUGACAUUAUUAACGGAGAGAGCACAAUUAACUUGUUCUCGCUUCCCCAGAGCAAAUACCUGGUUUCACUCACUUCUUCAGAUCUUCCCAGGAUUCUUUGUUUUGCUGCGUGGCUAACAGCAAGUGGGGAUCAUCGUUGGGUCACAGGGGGUCGUAACCUCAUUGUUUGGGAGCAGCUUCCUGGAAGUUUUAAAAAGAGAGGCGAUGUCACAGUGAGACGAGACAGCCGAUUGGAAUACUGUCUUCUGGAAUCCGACAGAGACUCAGAAGACGAACAAAGUGAGGUGGACGAUGAUGAAGACUCCAUACCCCAGGAUGCAUCAGAAACAGAGGAACCCGCAAGUUCUUCAUGGCUGAGUUGUGUUCUUCAGUGAGCGAGAGGAGGGGUAAAUGAAAAUAAGAGAGCGAGGGGAUGGAGAUUGAAGGAAGGUUAAAAAGAACAAACUGGAAAGGAAGAGAAAGCAAAGGCAAGGUCAAGGGGCGACGAUUGAUUGCAAGAAAUCACUUGAAGGGACUGAUGUGGAACAGAUUGACUGACUGGCAGAAGGGAAAAAACAGGAGGAGGAGAGAAACAACAGACUGUUUUCUAUGUAAACGUCGAUCCAAUAAACCCUACCAUGUUAUGUCUGUGUACGUGUGAGAGUAUUUAUCAUCGCUGGCACUUCUGUCUAUAAAUAUCUACAGUGUUGUUCAUCAUGUAGGGCUCCCGUCCAACGCUACAUUAAUGUAUAUAGAUUUUCUUGCCGCUGCCUCUUUUCAUUUGUCCUUUCUGAAUACUUUUUAUUUACUUCAGCUGGUCUUCGGAAUAUUAAUAAGCCGCUUCUUUUAUUCUGUCCGGCUAUUUUCGCCUUCAAAAUUCAUUUAUUUUCUUCUCGCUGCCUAUUUAAUUGAACCAGUUAAGAUGCAUAAUUAGUAUUUCAAUCUUUCCUCCUUUCCUCCCUCCCUCCCUCCUUCCUCUGGCUC